AUGUUCAUUCCCAGAGCGCUCAGGCUCAAGGGCGUCCGCGAGAAGCCGCGGCCCAAGCCUGCCCAAGGUCCCUCUAAAGCGCCUGUUGAAGGCGACCAAGACGAUGCGCUGGUCGAGGCGAUGCAGAAGACAAGAACCAGCUCACCUACUGACCAGCCAGAACAGACUGACCUCAAAGCCACCAAGCCUGGUCCCAGAUUUACUACCAAGCCCGUCACGCCAGAGUACAUUGGCCAGCUUGCUGCUGGCAUCGAGCUGAUCUUCACCGACUAUGCCCACCAGGAAGAGCAGCGCGCCAGGUGGCUGCAGGACCGUUACAGAACCGUCGAUGGCGAGGAGAAUUACAUCCACCUCACCGCCAUCCUCGAACACCCCAACAUCUCCUCCCUGAGGCCCGAAGCCUCUCAAAUCCUCCUUCAGCAAGCACUCCGCGACCACCCCUCUAAGAUGAUAGAGCUCUCGAGCAAUGGCUACCAUGUUCGCCGCAAGCCCUCUUCGUACCCUCCCAAAUACUUACCCCACAACUCGUUCGAAGUCACCGAUGACGACGGCCUAGCAUUCUGGGACCAGCGCACAAUCUACGUCGAGCCACACCUACGCAACAUCUGUCCUACGCCAGCAAAGGUCGCAUACUGGCUUGCCGAGCAUGGCGAGCUGAGGUCCAAGUGGCUACCCAUACAAGCAGUCCAUACAUUGUGGAACAGCUGCGCUUUCGUUGUCCUCAGCGGAAGCGUAAUGCACGACGAUGUUUGGCAAAAGUGGAGAGCAGCAGACAAGCCUGUGGAUUGGAAGAUAAUGACCAAGGUUGAGCACACCAAACGCACCGCUGAAUACGUCGCGUUGCUCAAGGCAGAGAACCCUAGAGGAAUGCGCAAGAACAUGGUCGACGAGAGCGAGCUGCCUCCGAUCGCACGACCAGCAGUGCUUCCGAUGGCGUAUACAACCAAAGGUCCGCCUGAAAAGGCCGUUCAGGUUUUAUCGCGAAAGUCAGAAGAAGUAGCCAUGGAGAUCACUGCGGCUGCAGAAGAACCACCCGUCAAGCACAAGCGGAAGAGACGAAAACCAAAGAAAGCCAACAAACCUGCUGGUGGAGACGACGCCGAGGGGGAUGAUGCUGAAGGUGCCUAUGAUGAGCCGAGUGCAAAACGCAGAGCCGCCCUCCGCAACCACUUUGGUAUCGGCGCCCAUGGCCCAGGAAAAGACGUGUGCUCCGUCAUCUCGACCGGCCACUACCUCCUCCCUGUCCUCGCGUAUGGAAUCAUCGGUGCAGGUGGUAUCUUCUCCGCUGCGUCUGCGGCAAGCACGGCCAGCGAACUAGCCAAGCAACUCCAAGGUGCCAGCUCGAAGAUUAUUGUCACCUGUCAAGCUACCCUGGAGACUACGAUAAGAGCUGCAGAGGACGCGGGGUGGGGUCAGGGUGGAGGCGGGCGCGUACUGCUUAUGAGUGAGGGGAGGGAAUGGACGUUGGAGAUUGUUGGUAAAGAUGGGAGGCCGGGGCAGAACAUCAUUGAUGGAGGAGAUUUACUGCCGUGGACGCGGAUUACGGAUUGGAAAGAGCUGGACGAGAGUCUGAUAGUGCUGAUUUAUAGCUCCGGGACGACUGGAUUACCCAAGGGAGUAAAGCUUUCGCACCGAAAUAUCGUGAGCCAGACGGUUAGUACGGGGGAUAUGAUGAAAGCGUGGGUGAAAGAGAAACGCCCGGACUUUGAAUACCGGACAGUCGCUCACCUCCCCACCGCCCACAUAGCCGGCGUACAAGGCUACCUCAUAAACCCCUUCUACCUGGCCGGAACCGUAUACUGGAUGCCCCGCUUCGACUUCCCAUCCUUCCUCACCUACAACGCCCGCUACCACAUAACCUUCUUCUUCACCGUUCCCCCCAUCCUUUUGCUAAUCGCCAAAAGUCCCCUAGCAACCACGCAAUUCGCCUCCCUGGAAUUCUGUGUUUCGGGAGCCGCGCCCCUAGGAAGGGAUCUUCAGGAUGGGAUGUUCUAUAUCGUGGAUAGGAAGAAGGAGUUGAUUAAGUACAAGGGGCUACAGGUAGCGCCUGCGGAGCUGGAAGCCGUACUUCUUAGCCACCCGCUGAUCUUGGACGCUGCAGUUAUUGGUGUGUCGACGGAUGAUGGGACGAAUGAGGUGCCGAGAGCAUACGUUGUCGCUGACAAGUGCAAGAUUGGGUCGGAAGAAAUCGUUGAAUUCGUCAAGGGGAAGGUUGCUGGGCAUAAACAGUUGAGGGGAGGUGUUGUAUUCCUAGACGAGGUCCCGAAAAGUCCUGCAGGGAAGAUACUUAGAAAGGAUUUGAGGGCUCUGGCUGCGAGGGAGAGGGGUGCGAAGCUGUAG